AUGUCGGCGUCGCCCUCCCCUUUAAUUCUUGCGACGGUGAUGAUGCUGGAAAGAGGCAAAAUUGAGGAUGCUACGACGGCGACUUAUCUCUAUCUCCAGAUCUCCGUCUUCCUUCUUGGAACCCUCGGCAAUGGACUUUCCGUUUUCCUCACUAGCACGGCAUCCCACCCGCCAAGCCGCUCCUGCCUAUAUAAAAUAAACCAGGACAGAGCAUCUAGCCAUCUGCCAUUUAUCUCCAGAAUUAUGAGCAGCCACCACAGCCACGUUCUGGUUUUACCAUUUCCUGCUCAAGGACAUGUGAAUUGCCUCAUGAUCCUCUCUAAUAAACUAGCCCAACAUGGCCUCAGAAUCACCUUCGUGAACUCAGAUUUCAACCACAGGCGAGUGGUGAAGGCAAUGAACGAGGAGGAGGAAGCAGAGAAGAAGAAGAAGAAAUUGCCUGUGGAAUUAGUGUCGAUCUCAGAUGGUAUGGGUCCUGAAGAUGACAGAAACGACAUGGCUAAACUAAGUCUGGCAAUUUUGAGAACAAUGCCCUUAGAGCUUGAGAAGCUCAUUGAAGGCAUUAAUGGCAGAGGAGAUAGAAUUAAGUGUGUCUUGGCAGAUGUAAAUAUGGCAUGGGCCUUGGAAGUUUCUCAUAAGCUGGGUAUCAAAGCUGCUGUCAUUUGCCCCACAUCUGCUGCUGUUUUCGCCUUGGAACUUCACAUGCCCAAGCUGAUUCAGGAUGGAGUGAUGGAUUCUAAUGGAUUGCCAAUUGUAAAAGGGGAAUUUGAGAUAUCACCAAAAGUUCCAAAGAUGAACACAUCUGAUAUUGCGUGGUGUUGUAUUGGAGACUCAGACUCUCAAAAGACAGUAUAUGAUUACAUUGCAAAAAUGAUAAGAACUUUACACUUGACAGAUUGGUGGCUUUGCAAUACAACUUUUGAACUUGAGCCUGGAGCCUUAUCCUUGUACCCUAAGAUCCUACCCAUUGGACCAUUAAUGGAGAGCAAUGAGAACCUAAGUACUGGGUCACUUGGGCAAUUUUGGGAAGAGGAUCUUUCUUGCUUGAGAUGGCUAGACCAGCAACCGCCAUGUUCAGUCAUUUACAUAGCUUUUGGUAGUUUCACUGUGUUUGAUCCAACCCAAUUCCAAGAGCUAGCUUUAGGACUUGAGCUUACCCAAAGGCCUUUUCUUUGGGUUGUUCGGGAAGAUACACAUGGGGGAGGCGCAAAAAUGGCAUAUCCAGACGAGUUUGAAGGCAAAAAGGGAAAAAUUGUUAAAUGGGUACCUCAAAAUAAGGUUUUGAGCCAUCGUGCCAUAGCUUGUUUUGUUAGCCAUUGUGGUUGGAAUUCCACUAUGGAAGGUUUGAGCAACGGAGUGCCUUUCCUGUGUUGGCCAUAUUUUGCAGACCAAUAUUUUGACAAGAAUUGUAUUUGUAAUGAGUGGAAGGUGGGACUGGGGUUCGAUUCAGAUGAAAAGGGAAUAAUCUCAAGCCAAGAAAUCAAGAAAAAAGUGGACAUGUUGCUUGGUGAUGAGAGCAUGAGGGCAAGGUCCCUGAAGCUAAAGGAUAUUAUGAUGAAUAAUAUAAAGGAAGGGGGUACUUCAAUGGAGAACUUCAGGAAAUUCUUCGAAUGGGUUAAACGGUAAGAUGCUCAAGUUGGAAAAUUCAUUAUUUGAUGAAGAAAAGUGUACGUAAGUUGAGUCUUGGGUUAGGCAUAGAAAACAUUUAUAGAUUGCCUACCAACAAAUUUCUUAUUUUAGCAAGGAAAUUUGAACUCACAAUCUUAUAAGUUAUAAGCUGAUUUAUUACCAAAUAAACCAACUCCUGUUGGUUGCAUUGGAAAGUUGUAUAAAUUAGUAAUUA